CCAUAGUAACUGAUUGCAUGUUGUUAAUGGUUCUCAGUGUAAGCACAAUAGUAAACAAGCUCGCCUCGCGCGAUCGCAGAGCUAGAGGGUAUCAAUCGCUAUCUAACUAUGAGCAGUGAAGUAGAUGAGCCAGCUGCAGCGAGGCUCAAAGAAGGGGCCAGUCCCAAAGUGGAAGCAAAGAAAACUAAGACAAAAAGGAAAAGACAGAGUUUGACAAUCAAUCUCACCAACUGCAAGUAUGAUAGUGUUCGUCGAGUUGCUCGGAAGUUUGGGCUACGACCAGUGGGGGAUGGUGAUGAGUGGACCGUGUACUGGAUAGACACAUCUGUAAUCCUGGAUAGGGUCAUGAGCAUGAAGAGAUAUCAGAAAAUCAAUCAUUUUCCUGGGAUGUCUGAGAUAUGUCGCAAGGACCUGCUGGCUAGAAACAUGAACAGAAUGUUUAAGCUUUUCCCAAAAGAGUACAACGUCUUCCCCAAAUCAUGGUGUAUGCCAGCGGAUUACAGUGACUUCAAGGCUCACUGUAGAGCGCACAAGUACAAAACCUUCAUCACAAAGCCUGAGAACAGCAGUCAGGGUAAGGGCAUUAUAGUCUUCAAGAACCCCAAGGAGAUCAGAGCAGGGGAGCACUCCGUUGUACAGCAGUACAUAGCCAAGCCGUUCAUAAUAGAUGGGUUCAAAUUCGACCUUCGUAUCUACGUUGUGGUGACUUCCUGUGACCCGUUUAGGAUCUACGUGUACAAAGAUGGUCUGGCCCGGUUUGCCACUGUCAAGUACCAUGAGCCAACUGGUGCCAAUGUGGCCAAGCAGUGUAUGCAUCUCACCAACUAUGCCAUUAAUAAGCACAGCAAGGACUUCAUACGCGAUGAUGACAGUGGAAGCAAGAGGAGAAUCACUACCGUCAAUCAGUGGUUCGUUGAGAAUGGAUACGACCUCGCCAAGAUAUGGGGAGACAUUGAUGAUGUAAUCAUCAAGACGUUGAUAGCUGCUCACCCAACACUCAAGCAUAACUAUCGCUCCUGCUUCCCCAACCACAACACUGGGAGUGCCUGUUUUGAGAUACUCGGAUUUGACGUUUUACUGGACAGCAAGUUGAAACCAUGGCUAGUCGAGGUGAACCACUCCCCUAGCUUCCACACGGACGCCCCCCUGGACAAGGAGGUAAAGGAAGGGCUGCUCUUUGACACCCUCAACCUCGUGGACCUCUACGCUAAUGAUAAGAAAAAAUGUGAGGAGGAGGACAGACGCAGAGUUCAGGAGAGACUGCUGAACAAGCAGAAAUCAAAAGAGGCAAGUACACCAGCAGUUGAAAAUGACUCCAGAGCAAAGUACGAAGCUCGUCUUGGGAGCUAUGAGAUUGCUCACAGAGGGGGCCUGCGAAGGAUAUACCCAAACGGCAAUGAGGAUUACUAUGCUCCAUUCUACACUCAAAGCACUUCGCUAUGUGCGGAGACAGCUGCCUCUAAAAUGAGGGUCGAGCUAUCCCGCCAGCAGAGGGAAGAAAUCGAUGCCAAGAAGAAAGAAAUUGAGUCUUUCAAACGAAAACUUGGAGGUGGUGGGGGGAAGUCCAAGUCUGAUGAUCUGAAAUCUGAUGAUGUGAGACCAGAAAGCCCACAACCUGCAAGGAAGGUGUCUCGUGUUAGAGCCGUCAAGCAACGACCUGUCUUAAUGUACAACAGUGCUGGCCAUAGACUCAAGCCAGAUGAUGACCCCCUGGUGCCAUGUGGUGAUGGCGUGGCUCCACAGUCCAUCAGAGAAGAGGAUGAACUCGAGCGACUAGCCGGCCUACAACUGAGGGAUAGUCUGGUGCGAGGAAUGGGAGUAUCGGAACAACUACAAGCUGUACUGGCAUCUGGCACUGCACCCACAACAUACGAUACUAGAGAACUUUCUAUUAUUUCAAGAGGAUCCUCGGUCGUUUCUAAAUCUGUGUUCUACUCCAGUCAUAGCUACCCCCACGACUCUGGUAUUGAAGAAUCUACCAGUGGAGUUUCAUUACCUCCUGAUGGUUGUUAUGGGACUGAGUCAAGCCACAGUUUGUUGAGCUCCACACCGCUACACUGUCUACCAGGAUCAAACUAUUUUCAGCUCGACAAUACAUGUAACUCUAAAGUAUCGUACAGUGGGCUGUUGAAGCGUCAUUACAGACAGGGCAUACCUGCACAGCACUCCAGUAGUGCCACGCCUACCAAGAGUCUAACAGCCGCCUACAAUAGACCAAGCUGUGCAUUUGGAAACAGACCCACUGCCCCUGGUGCCCAAGGACGUAUCAACAGAGGUACUCAAAGCCGACGGCCGCAGAGACAACCCAACUCACUGGAUUUAAACGCAGAACUAUUUGGUCUGUCUGUAGUCUCAGCUCCAAUUCGAACGGCUAUUCGUAAACAGUACCCCGGUCCCGGAAUGGGUGGAGCUAGUGGGGGAACUCCCCAACAACCAUCCCGCACUCACUUAGCAGCAGGUUAUUUUUAAUGAUUUCAUUUUCACUUUAUUUUCUAAUUAAUAAUUUUUGUGAACAAGAUUAUUAUUGAGGGAUAAGAAA